AUGGCUGAAACAAUGAAGCAAACUGUUGCCACUAUAUUAAAAAGUAUUGAAAGAUACAACCCUGCGAAUCUUCAAACUUUAGAGAGGUAUGUUGAAAUGCAGUCCCGUGAGAAUACUUAUGAUUUAGAGGCAAAUCUGGCAGUUUUAAAACUGUACCAAUUUAAUCCAGAGAAGUUCAAUGCAGAUAUCACAUGCCAAAUUCUGUUGAAAGCUUUGACUAAUUUCCCACACACAGAUUUUACUCUGUGCAAAUGUCUGCUUUUGGAGUCUGUUGUGGAAAAUGAGACAAUUUCACAGAUCAAAUAUUUGGCUGAUAUUUUAGAGCAAUGUGACUUUGCUCAGUUUUGGAACCGAGUACACCAGAUGCCAGAACUCUGCAACCGUAUCAGUGGGUUCCAUGACUCUAUCAGAAAGUUUGUGUGCCAUGUUGUUGGCAUUACAUUUCAGACCAUUGACAAGAACAACCUUGCUAACUUGUUGGGAGGCAUAGAUGAUGUGACAUUGAAACACUGGGUGAAAAAGUAUGGCUGGAGAGAUGAUGGUAACUUGAUCUUCAUUGCUAACCAGGAUGAAAACAUUAAGACUAAGAAUAUUACUGAGAAGAUUGAAUUCGACCAUCUAGCUCCAUUGAUGGCUCUGUUGUAA